AUGAUAACCGAGAAAGGUGAAUAUGCUGAUCUGGUUGACAUGGUCUACUUGAACGUCCCCCAUUUUCAGGAGAAGAAGGUGGUCGACUUCAGGAAAAUCGAUGGAAUACAUCCUUACGAGACGGCAAACUUGGAGAUGCUGCAGAAUCUUUUGCCUUUUUUUACUGCUAUUUCUCAAACUAGAUCACCUUCCUUGUUUUUCCACUUACCCCUUGCAGAGUACCUAAUUCAUGGAAUCAGCAUAUUCCUGGCAGGAAACAUGACCCUUGAAGCACUCGAUGUUUACGCCAGCCUCCUUGUCAACUACGCAUCAGCACUGCAGCGGAAGCUGCUGGCAUGCUUAGAAAAUGUGAUAAUUCAAUUUAGCUCGCCUCUUGAUGUCUUAAUCCAAAGUAUUGUUUUUCCGGAGGGUUCUUUUACCCGGCAGUUUUUUCAAAAUAUCGGCAUACCACUAGGGCAGGAUAAACCCGACAGAAACAUGGCGAGAGAGAUUGCAUAUGUGGCCUUGCAAUACUUGAAAGCGCAACCGGGAAUCGCUGGAGUCGCGUGGACGAGGAUAAGUGAACAGGUUCUGCAAGAUGGACGAGAUCUUUCCCUAAAGUGUCUUACUGAUUGGAGCAACAGUGUCCACGUUGCUAUACAGUCUUUUGGAUCAUCGGACGGUGAAGUGGCAGUCGUUGAUGAUUCUUUGGAAAGACGAAUAACCAUUGCGUUUAAGAAGUAUUUCCAGGCUGAUUCUUGGCCUUCAAUUCUGUGUUUUCAUUGGUUAAUGCCUAUGGGAAUUCCGUCGGUUUCUUCUCUGUUUCUUUUGGCCGUCAAUCCAGAUAGUGAACACUGCUUGAUAACGGAAAUACAGACAAUGAUUCGUGAAUCGAGCAAACGAAUCUCAAAACUUGGAGCUUGUUAA